AUGGUCUCCUGCACGGAGGAGGGCCCUGGGCGUGCAGUAGGCCGUGUUCUCACUGCGGGGCUACACAUCCUCAAUGACGGCAGCCACACUUUCGUGCGCCGAGGUGCGGUUCGGAGUGCCAUCGAUCUCUCCCUCGUGUCGGACGACUGCCACUACUCGUGGCGCCGCAGUCCCGACACCGAGGGCUCGGAUCACUAUCCGAUCUACCUGGAGCCGCUUCACGCCGGGGCACGACACACAAGAGUGUACGAUGUGGUUAAAUGGCCCCAAUUCCGCGAACUGUGUGCUUCAGUGCCAGUCGCGGGUGACUUCUUUGGCCACAUUGCUGCGUGCGCGUCUGCAGCCACGGUCGUGUGUCGUGUUCCGGCCGGCACUCCAGCCCCCGACAUGAAGCUCCUCAACCUGCGGGCUGCUCGCCGCCUCGUUCAGCGCAAAGCCGAACGCUCGGAGAAGGCAGAGGACUGGACUGUAUACAACCGUAUCGACGCGGUCUGUCGCCGCCACGCCCACCAUCGCCGCGACGGGAGCUGGUCCAGCCUCUGCCGAACCCUCGACGAUCGGCGCUACCAAAAGCGUUCGUGGCGCAUCCUUCAGGCACUCCUCAGACCGAGGAUUCCGCGCUCACCGGCGCUGUCAAUAGCAGUCACUCUGGGCAUCUCAACAUCUCAGCUGGCCGAGCUUCUUGCUGACACCUUUUGCGUCUCGGCAGCUGCGCCCGCUGGUGUUACCGCCCCUGCGCUGCCACCUCACAGCAGGCCCGAACUUUUCGCCCCACUCCGCUAUUUUCCCACACCGGCGAUAGUGGCGGAAAUUGCGGAAUUGUGUUCAGCGGACUUCACCAUGCGGGAGCUCCGCAGCGUGCUCGACUCUCGCAAGCGCCGGUCGGCACCAGGUAGUGAUGGCAUCACAUACCAGAUGCUGCGAAACAUCGACAGCAGCCUCCUCCCGCAGCUUCUUGCCGCCUACAACACCGUCUGGCGCACAGGGGAGCUGCCGGCCUCGUGGAGGGAAGCCCUGGUUAUUCCUUUGCACAAAAAAGGAAAACCCUCGUCCGACCCGAAGUCCUACAGGCCGGUCUCCCUCACGUCGGCAGCUGGGAAGGUGUUCGAGGCCAUGGCACUUCGGCGGCUUCAGUGGAUCGCUGCUGCGCUCGAUUUCCUGGCGGCCGAGCAGAGCGGCUUUCGCAGCCAUCGAGCCACGGCUGAUUGCAUCGCCGACGCUGUCGGCCUUCUAGAGGAGGCGAAACACCGUGGCGAGGCUGGCUACCUGGUUCUUCUCGACGUGAAAAGUGCCUUUGACUCGCUCCCACACUCAACCAUCACGGACGCGCUCUGUGCCAUGGGAGUGAGUGAUAACCUCCUCAGGUAUGUUCAGGCAUUCCUGAGUGACCGCACUUUUCGCGUUCGCAUUGGCGGGGAGAUCAGCGCGCCUCGUUCGGUGAAUGCCGGGGUGCCGCAGGGCAGCGUGUUGAGCCCCUUCCUGUUCAACCUCGCCCUUGCGCGCAUCACCGACUACCUGCCGCGCGCCACGGCCGUCGAGGUGCGCGUCGCCAUGUACGCGGACGAUAUCGCGCUGUUUGCGUGUGGGCCCACCUCGCGUGGCCGUGAAGUGCGCGCCAGUGUACAGUCGUACAUCAACGCGGUGGACUACUUCGUCAGCGGCAUCGGGCUGGAACUUUCCGCCGAAAAAACCGAGGCACUGCUCGUCCACCCGGAUCCGCUGGCACGCUAUCAGGUGGCAAAGCUCUCACUCCGAGGCUGUCAGCUCCCUUGGCAGCGCAGGGUGCGGUACCUCGGCCUUACCAUCGAUCAUCGGCUCAGCUGGAAUCCUGCCAUAGCAGAAAUCCGCAAGGGUUCACGGAACAUCGCCCGCGUGGCUUCCUGCGUGCUCGCCGGUGGCAAGGGCUGCUCCCCUGUACUCGCGCUGCGCCUGUACAACGCGGUCGCUACGGCCAGGACGCUGUACAGUGUUCAGCUCGUCGGGCUCAAGCCCAUACAGUGGGAAUCACUCGACGUCGUCCACCGUGGAGCCGUGCGCCGCAUCUUUGCGCUGCCUCGUACCUCGCCGGUUGGUCCCACCUUGGCGGAGACAAAUCAACUCCCACUCUCCCUGCGUGCCAAGGCCGGCGCUUUGCGGCACGUUCACCGAAUGCAUCAGACGCAGCAGGGUCAGCAGCUGGCCAUCCGACUGCUCUCUCGCCCCAACUCAGGCAUGGGUCGGCACGCUCUCGAGUACGCCGCACUCGUGCCUGAGAUGCCACACUGCGGCUGGCUACCCAUCCCUCCACAUCGGGACCGCGGCCUGGAGAUAUCAACCACCGUUCCCGGAGUGAGAUGUAAGAGGAGGACUCCACAGUGUGCGCUACAACAAGAGACUGCUGCUGUGAUUGACGGGCAACUUUCCGGUCGCGUCCUCUUAUACACCGAUGGAUCGGUGACAACGGAGGGAUCAGCAGCCGCUGCCUGCAUUGCUCCCACCCUUGAGGUCGCCGGAAAAUGUCGGCUCCCAAUCGCCGCCUCCUCGACGACUGCCGAGCUCGCGGCACUUGACCUGGCGGCCGAAAUACUGGCAAAGUUUCUCCCACCGGCGGCAGCGGUCCUGUGCGACUCGCGCGCCGCACUUCUUGCACUUGCGCGAGGGGAGCGAGGUGCCCUGAUCGCGCAACGUCUAUACCGCAAGUUCACGGUGAUCCAGAACAGCGGCUGCGACCUCGUCUUCCAGUGGGUGCCAUCCCACGUUGGCAUACAGGGCAACGAGGCGACCGACGCCCUCGCCAAGGAAGGCCACGAUCCCCGCACGCCGUUCACCACUUUCGUGCGUGUCAGCGACGAGGCUCGCCUCAUCAUCGCGCGUCAUGUGCGCUCUCUGCAUCCGGAUGCGCGAGUCGCAUCGGGAACACCUCCGCGCGUACUUCCGAGGACUGGCCUCAACAGACGUGCGCGUGCGUUUCUUCUCCGGCUGCGCAUCGGAUGCAGCCGCACCGCCGAUCGCCUCUUCCGGCUUUCUGGCAGCGGAAACCCAAAGUGUGAGCAGUGCCCAGCGGACGAGACCAUCGAUCACAUCCUGCUGCAGUGCCCGGGAUACGAUGAUCAUCGCCGUCGUCUGUUCGGAGCCUUCAGCAGACUGGGCCUACCACACCUGUGCCUGGACGAACUCCUGUUCCCCAGCGCACAACAUUCUAAAGUCCUGCAGGCGUUCCACGCGCUGUUGGAUUUUUUCGGCGACGCCGACCUAUUUACGCGCCUUUGA